GAGGGUAGCGCAACAGUGCGCUCUGCCGUCCAACAAAAAUAUUCUCGGGACCUUCUUGAUGUCAAACAGUCAAGUUUUCGGUGGAUAUUUCUUGUUCUUCCUCUAGCCUCUUUUUUACUAUUUAACUUAAUGUGAAAGUUUAUGUAGCUGGCUAAUACUUCAUCGUUAAACAGCUGAUGUCUUAGACUGGCUGCCUGAAAUCUAAAUAUGGGAACAGUGGUUUUAUCUAAUGCGUAUAGCUGUUACUCCUUAUGUUGUGCUUUACGCUCGGUCUGAGUUGACAGCUCUGUGUGGCGGUAUUAUAAAAACUACAAUUACUCAUCCGACUGGGUUGCUGUUAUGGGGGAAAACAGGGUCGUGUUUGGAAAUGUUUUAGAAGAACUGAGUUCAGAUGUCGAGGAAGGACAUGAAGACGGUUUGGACUUUGGCGAUGAUCUGGAAAUUAAUCAGUUCGACGGACUACCAUACUCUUCACGGUACUACAAGUUACUAAAGGAGAGGAAGACGCUUUCCGUUUGGACAGCCAGAUGCGAAUUCAUGGACACUUUGCUCAAAAGCCAACUUAUUAUUGUUUCGGGCUCUGUAAAAACUGGGAAAUCGUCUCAGAUACCGCAGUGGUGUGCGGAGUUCUGCCUCUCGCUCCAGUACCAGCAUGGCGGGGUGGUAUGCACGCAGAUCCACAGGCAGCAGGCCGUCGACCUAGCCCUGCGCGUGGCUGACGAGAUGGACGUCAACAUCGGCCACGAAGUGGGCUACGGCAUUCCCCUGGAGACGUGCUGCUCCACCGACACCGUGCUCAGGUACUGCACAGACGACAUCCUGCUCAGAGAGAUGAUGUCCGACCCCUUGCUGGAGCACUACGGCGUGAUUGUGCUGGACCAGGCCCACGAGCGGACGGUCAGCACGGACGUGCUGUUGGGGCUUCUGAAGGGCAUCCUGCUGCAGAGGCCCGAGCUCCGGCUGGUCGUCCUGACCGGGUCGCCCUCGCCCGACCGUCUGCUCGCCCACUACGGCACCGGGGUUCCCCACCUCCAGCUGCAGCCCCCCUGCCCGGCCGAGGUGGUCUACAGCAACAGCAGCCACAGGGACUACUUCUACUCCGCGCUGCGCCUGGUCCUGGAGAUCCACCACACCAGAGAGCAGGGCGAUAUCAUCGUCUUCCUGGCCUCGGCUCAGGAGAUCGACUGCGCCCACGAUGUUCUGCGACAGGAAGGGGCGGGCCUGAGCCCAGAGCUAGGGGAGCUCCUGCCCCUAGCCCUGUGCCCCACGCAGGGCAGGGGAGUGCCCCCCCUGGGGCAGGAGCAAGGCAAGACCAGGAGGGUCUUUCUCACCUCCAGCCAGGGCGAGGACAUGUUCUGGGCUGUGGACACUGUCAAUUUUGUCAUCGAUGCAGGGGUCGAGGAGAGAUACGUGUACAAUCCCCGGAUAAGGGCAAACUCCGUAGUGAUUCGGCCUAUCAGUAGAAGCCAGGCUGAGAUCCGUAAGCAGCUCACAGGUUCAACAGGUAAGUGCUUCUGCCUGUACUCGGAGGAGAUGCAGUUGCCUAGCAACCCUCCUCCUCAGAUCCACGAGUCCAACAUCACCCCCACCGUGCUCUUCCUGAAGCGCAUGGAGAUCGCCGGUCUGGGGCACUGCGCCUUCAUCGACAGGCCAGAUCCGGAAGGCCUGAUGCAAGCCUUGGAAGAGCUGGAUUACCUCGCCGCCUUAGACGACGAUGGGAAUUUGUCCGAGAUUGGGAUCAUCAUGUCCGAGUUCCCCCUCGACCCACAGAUGGCCAAAGCUCUGCUGGCAGCCUGCGAGUUUGACUGUGUUAACGAGGUAGUGACCAUGGCAGCCAUGUUGACAGGGCCCAGCUGUUUCCUGCAGCCGCCUGUCGGCAUGAGGCACGGGGCUCAGCAGUGCCACACGAAGUUCCAGCACCCCGAGGGGGACCACUUCACCCUGGUCAACAUCUACAACGCCUUCAAACAGAGCCAGCGUGAGCCGUACUUCAGUCUGGAGAAAUGGUGCCAGGACUAUUUCCUGAGUCACUCAGCCCUGCAGACAGCUGAUGCCAUCAGAUCAGAGCUGACAGACAUUCUGCGAAGGCUGGAGCUUCCCAUUUCAGAGCCUGCCUUCGGAACCAAGACUAACACCCUCAACAUCAAGAGAGCACUGCUGGCUGGGUACUUCAUGCAGAUCGCCAGGGACGUGGACGGAUCAGGUAAUUACUUCAUGCUGACACACAAGCACGUGGCUCAGGUCCACCCCUGCUCCAGCUACGGGACCAGGGCUCACAAGCUGGGCUUACCAGAGUGGGUGCUCUUCCACGAAUACACGCUCUCGGAGAACAACUGCGUCCGCACCGUCUCCCAGAUAUCCCCCGAGGUAUUCAUCCAGAUGGCUCCACAGUACUUCUUCUACAACCUGCCCCCUAGUGAGAGCAAAGACAUACUACAACACAUUCUGGACGGUGCUGGGUCGUCACAUCACAGCGACAAAAAGCAGAAGACUGAGACACACGACAGUGAACCGCACAAAGACUGCACAGCUAACCAGUCUUACGAGAGGUGUGUGGUCCAGUGAUGGCCACAGGCAGAAACACUGCCCUGGACUUCAGUUCAGUCUCUGCUAUUACUGGACUUGCAGACCGGCAAUAUAGAAAUGCUUAGGCCAGCUACCAGAGGACUGCAUCUUUUAUGUGAAUGUCUCACAAUCACAGUCUAGAUGAGGUAUGCAUGAUUAUGUCAUUAAUACUUUGUUUGGUCAGAUGUUUAUAAUGCAGAAACAGUUUGCUGAACUGGAAAUGCAUGCUUUUAGCAUAUUUUUCCAAGUGUCCCAUCAUUGUCAAUAACAAGCAAGGACACGUCACAAUCCUGAGCAUUCAGAGGUGAUUUUUGAACACUGUAAAACAUUCAUUUUGUCAAAAAAUUUGUUACUCUUGUAUAAUAUAUGCGAUAUGUGCAUCGUGAAAAAUUAAAUUAUUUCAUGUUUA